AUGAGUGAGUUCUGGUUGUGUUUCAACUGCUGUAUUGCAGAGCAACCUCAGCCUAAAAGACGGCGGCGGAUUGACCGAAGCAUGAUUGGGGAGCCGACAAACUUUGUUCACACAGCUCACGUAGGAUCAGGGGAUCUAUUCAGUGGAAUGAAUUCGGUGAGCUCAAUUCAGAACCAAAUGCAGUCCAAGGGAGGCUAUGGAGGUGGCAUGUCUGCAAAUGUUCAGAUGCAGCUUGUAGAUACAAAGGCAGGAUAACCCUGGGGAAACCUUUUCAGUUCAUAUGGGUUCCUAUAUCUUCUUUCCCGUGUCCUCUUUUUUGCCUCGGUGACUGCUUUCUGUGCUCAUGACGAGAGAAGUGAUGGCUCGUUAUUCACCCUUUGUGAUUACUCCAGUGGAAAGUUGCUGUUCUGCUCUGAUGAUGCCAUUUAUCAGAUUGGUCCGACCGUGCCUUUCAGUGGCAUGCACGCAUUUGCUUCUACCAGAAUCAUGAACAUAGAGCUGUUUAGGAUUGGGUUUAGUUUUUCAUUUGUUUUUAAGGCAAAUUAAAGCACCAACCUGAGCUUCCCUAAUCCCUCACAAAUACUAAUGUGCAACAUUCUGUUGCUUUUUGAUCAUUAAAUCCUUUGUCCACUAAAGUCAUUUAGAAAUGAGUGAGUUUCCAUUAAUGUGUUCAAUCAUCUAUUGUUCAUACCCAUUUUUGAAAGGUCUAGGACCUACAAGCACAAAUGAUUAUUUCAUACAAAAUGAGCAGAGUAGAUGAUCGCAUGCUUUGUGAGGUUCCUUUGUAUGGUGGCC